AAUUUAUCAAGUAUGUAUUUCAUUUAAAUCUCUAACAUGUUCGAAACUUUUGAACAGGAGUGUAGAUAUGUUUGUAUGUGUCCGGUUAUAAUAGGUGUGACCACCCCACCCUACAGCUCAAAUGGUGGGGAGGAGUGGAUAGUGGAUGACUAUAUAACCAAUGCAUACGCCCAUGCAUAUGUAUAUGCAUUUGUGUAGCAAUACCUGUAUAUUUUUAGUGUUAAGGAAACACAUACAAUGGUGUAAAAAAAGUAAGCGGAAAGGAAUAUGAUUAUAUUCUGAUAUAUCAGAAAGUGUGGUCCAUAAAUGAUAGAGAGAACAUGACGUGGCGUAUAAUACAAUCAUCCGUCUGCAGCCACUUUUCUAUGGAAAGGACACGAUUUGUUAGAAAACAACAACAGAUUCAUCGAAAACUCAAUAUUGCGAUGUGACGUUCGAUAUAAAUAGUGGAUGAAUAACUAAAGACGAUGUUUUAAAUGACUUUUAGGAAUCAAAUUGUAAACUCAAAAUUUGUUAUUUAUAUUUGUAAAUUCGUUUUCUUACUGGUGGUACAUUGGACUUUGAAGCAAUAAAUGAAAAAAUGAUAUAAAUGUGCAACAACGAAAAAGUUAUUAAUAGUAGAUACAAGUAAAGCUUAAUAAUCAUUUCUUUAUAGAACUUUUGAACUCAUUGCAAAUAUCAUGACUUUUAAAAUAAAUUCAAUAAAAAUUGUAUUAAUUCCUACAAUUCUUUUAUAUGUAAUAACACCGAUAAGCGCAGAUGGAAUAUCAUGCUUUAAAUGCUAUGCAUCACAUCCGGGAACUGAGGAAACUGACUUAUUAUGCUCACACUUCGAUGGAAGUGCUCGAUUUCAAGUAUACUGUCCUUCGUCAACUCUUUGCAGAAAGAAAACCAUUUACAACAGACUUAAAACAUCUGUAAGAACGGCUGUGGAAAGGGAUUGUGCACCUCAAAAACGUACAGUUCCUAUUUAUAACGAUAUAGACAAGACAUGGCAAAACAAAGAGGAAAUUGUGAAAACAGCAUACGAAGAAGAUUGUUUCCUUGGAGAAGACAGAGGAGCACCAGGAGGUCCAUCAGAAUAUUGUUUUUGUAGUUAUCAUUUAUGCAAUUCGUCUCAAUCAAUUAAAGCCACGAAUAUGUAUCAUAUCUUUGCAUUAGUAAUGAUAAUACUAUUUGCAAAGCUGAUAUAAUAUUUUAAUUUUAUAUAUUUACUGCUAUAAAAAUAUUAAUAUUUUUCUAAUGAA